CGCGACCAGUCUAUGAACGUUGCAUAUAGCCUCCGAGAUAAACGUUGUGCUAGUGUGGUCCCACUUGCUUGAGUUGUGCGACGGACGGCCUCCCGCUCACUGAAAGUGUGGUGAGCGACAAUGGAACCGUUCAGCUCAAGCAGUUGUUACAGUGGAUUGUCGGCGGUUUCCGAGUGGGCAUACGCGGGCGUCAACCACAGCUUGGCAGGCAACGGUGGACCCGAGUGCGCCAACUUCAUAUCCACGCGAAGGCGUCUCUGGGAGACUCUGCUGGCUGUGCUCUGGGCUUCGGCGCUUGCGCUGUGCAGUUGGUCGCAUCUGCAGGUGCCUCCAGCACCAAAGGUUGUGCGUGAAGAUCGGGGUGGCAAGCGCUGCCUACUGGUGCUGCUAUGCUUGGUGUUUGGCAUGGAGCUUGGUUUCAAGUUUGCCUCGCGCACUGUCAUCUACAUCCUCAACCCCUGUCACAUCAUCACCAUGCUACAGAUAGUUAUGCUCGCCGCACCUCCCACGUCUCGCCUGCUGACAGUGCUGUUUCGAGUACACGUCCAUUGGCUGAACGGUCCCCUGCUGGCCCUGCUGUUUCCGGUGCUGAACACACGGCUGCUGCCACUAGAGCAAGAAGUGUACUGGGUGCAGCAUGGACUGAUGCUGGCUGUGCCCUGCUACCUGAAGCGGCUUGGUGGCGUCUUCAGCACAGAGCCCCUGGCUGACCUCAGCUGGGCGUUGCUCAGCCUGGCACUGCAGUACCUCUACCACUUCCUCAUCCUGCAAGCGCUCGCACUGGCGACUGAAGUAAACCUGAACAGCAUGCUGUGCCCCGCUGUGUCGGACCCAUUCUAUGGCCCCCAUUAUCGGCUCUGGGCGCUGGCACACCAGUUCGUGCUGGUUCUGAUGGCAGGCAAGCUGUACACAGCUGUGGCUGCCUGGAUGCUGCGUGUCACCAGGCUGCGAAUCUGCUGCAGCACUGAUCACAAACACACCUCUUAGACGUGCCCAUUUGCUAAGCAAUGUGCAGGUGUGUGCUUCCCAGGCCUGGUGCUGUGGCUGCCUCAAGGUUGUGGCUGGCAGCAGCAGUCAGUACUCAGUCAUUGAGCACCGAGAGAGAAGAGAGCGGUUGCCUAGCCUAGUAGCUGGCCACACAGUCUAAGUAGUGCGAACACAGGUGGACUAGGAAUUGUCACAUCUCUUGAAUAAUGUUACCCUGUGGACUCUGCAGCAGCUAUAUUGCUCAACAGGCAGUGUAAUAAGCUAUACCGCAAUGCUUUACUAGAACACGCAGUAACGUUUCAUUUACAAGCAUGCAAAGCUAGAACGAAAGCAAUUCCAAUGGUGCUAAGGGGACCAGUGUAAUCUGAGCUGCUGAUGUGGAUAUUCUCCUUCCACAGGUUUUCAGUAAGCAGUGCAGGUGAUUGUGAUGUGUAGCUAUGCUGCAUCAAUGCAUGUUUUAUGUGCCAUUCCCAUGUACGUUUACAUUGUCAGAAGAUAUUUUCUUGAUGCAGCUGCAGGUAGCUAAGCGUUAUGGUGAUAUCAUAGCGAUUUUAUGGAAAGUGAACAUUUUUUAUAGCUAGAUACUAUGUGCUACUUGUUUUAUUGUAAGUUUUCAUCAUUUUUCUAGUCAAUAAAGAUGUUAUGAAAAU